GAACAACUUCCUUCACUAACCAGUAAUAGAUUUGUUACACGACCUUUUUUCUUUUGUACGUCCAUGUUAUAUAUAAAAGUGAAAAUUGUUGAUUUUUUUUUUCUAUUUUUUUACCUUUUAUUCUUUUCUUUAAAUAAUAAUCAUAAAAUGGGAUCUAAAGUAUCAAUUAUGGCAGCAAAAAAACGAAAGCGUAUUGCAAGUUCCUUUCAUUCCGUCACAUCGAAAGCACACAGUAGCAGCCAGAACAGUUCAUACCCAAAUACACCACCAAACUGUACGAUCGACGAAAAAUCACAUACUGUUCAUGAUCAUAGUAGCCAUAUUUCCUCAGUAACCGAAAGUAUGAUUACAAGCGGACGUACGUUUCAUCAUGUAGAAAAUUCAGCUUAUUGGUUUCCAAACGACGAUGAAGAAAUGGAUAGACUGAUUGGUCAACAUUUUGCAUUAAAAACUUUAUUUGAUGGAAAUAUACACGAAACAAUUUUAAAAGGAUUGGAUUUGGAACACAAUAACGCACUUGUAUUAGAUUUGGGGUGCGGACCUGGUACUUGGAUAAUGGAUGUUGCGACUGAGUACCCAUCAAGUGAAUUUAUUGGGGUGGACAUGUGUGACGUAUUUCCAAAUAACAUUCGACCUGCUAACGUGAGUUUCCAAGUGGGUAACAUAUUAAAACGAUUACCAUUUUCAGACAACACAUUCGAUUUUGUCAAUAUGCGACUAUUUAUUAUUGCCUUAAAGAAAGAAGAGUGGCCUAUUCUGCUAAAAGAAGCUUACCGUGUCAUGAAGCCAGGAGGGUAUAUGCAGAUGGUUGAAUGUGGCAUGCUUGAAAGAGGAAAUGAAUUUGUUAGACAAUCUGGUACAAUAUUUCGAGAAAUGAUUGAAACCCUUGGACAAGAUCCCUAUGUUGCUUUUAAAAUGGAAACUCUAAUGGAACAACAAGACGUUGAAGUCUGUCAUUAUGAGAAUAUAGACGUCUUUUUAGGUAAGCAAGAUAGACUGAGUAAAGAGUUCCUUUGGGACGUUUGCAACAUUUUUAAAUCUGCUCAAGCUAUUAUACAAGAACCUCUCGGUUAUCAUACGGAUAACUUUCACCAAUUUCUAGAGAAAUUAUAUAAAGAAUUACAAAAAAAGCCCGAUGCGAUAUGGUCAUUUUCUAUAUGCGUUGGUAGAAAGUAAAUUGUCAUAUGAAAAAUAAAUAAAAAGAGGAAAAAAAAAUGCAUCUCACCUUUUUUUUUGGUUCGCCGAUACACCAACCAUCAUAAAACGCCCUUUUCUUUUCUUUUUCUUUUCUUUUUUUUUUUCCC